AACAAAAAAUCAAAUUAAGUAAAAUAACAGCAAACUACAAAAAACUAAUGCAAGAACAAUAAAAAACGCACUUUUAACUUCUGUUACGUUUUCAUUGCUGUGGUGCGCCCGAAAUUCGAAAAGGAAAUCAAAAAAGAACAAGAAAAAAAAACGAAAAGAACUAACAGCAGGAAUCCGAGAAGCACCGAAGAGCGCUCAUAAACACAUGAAAAGGCAUUAGAUUGAAGCAUAUCUAUGUGCAUUUGACAAACAAACAUACAUACAUACAUACAAAUAUAUGUAUGCACUCAAUCAAACAAAUACUUUUCAUACAUAUGUAUGUAAAUACAUAUACACAUACAUAUGUAUGCAUGAAAACAUAGAAAGAUAAUGCGAAGUAAGUUUUCGGCGACGUAGUGGAGGUUUGGAAGAUUACAAAAAUAACAAGAACAACAACAACAGCAAAACACCAGCAUAAAUCGACUGAACUCUUCCAAAGUACUAUAUAUCUAUGUAAAAUCAUAAAAAAAACAAAAACAAAAACGACUUGAAAAUAAAAUUAUAAACAAAAUAAUAACUAAAUAUAUAAUUAACGCAUACUCGUGGCCCUUGCAAGCAACAAAAACAAAAAAAAAAUCAUAGUGUUAAAAAUCCAAUUGGGAGUCGGUUAGCCCAGCAUUGACUGAAUACAACCCUAAAAGUAUUCAUAAAUCAAAAGCAGAAAAACAAAAAAAUUUAAUUUAAGAGAAAAUAACAUAAAAGAGAAACGCAAGCGAUUGUGUACAACACAAAUUGACGAAAACAAGAAAAAACCAAUACAUAGAAGAUUUGGGGAGCGAAAAGCAAAGCAAAAAUCCCAGCACCUUUAUAUACAUAUGCAAAGCAAGUAGAUUCGUAUUCGUAUUCGUAUUCGUUAGAAGCAUAGAAACAGCACGGUGAAGCAGAAGAAGCAGAACAAGACGGCGUAACGCAGCACACAGGCAAUAGUCAGAACGUUGUAUAAGGGAAACGGAAAAGACCCCAUAGAUACGUUGGUGUCGGCCUUUCCUUCGCUUACGAAAACACUGACAGCAGUGACGACGACACAGAUACAACAACAACAACUGAACACGCAUACACAUAUACAAACGCAAACUUGUAUGCCUGUGCCAAGAAACUGUGCGAAGUUAAUUGUCGGAGUGGUGGACGUGUGUUCGAUUGAUCGCGUAAGUUUACUCGCCGCUUUAAGUACAAUUUUAUGAUGGAACUCAUAUCGGGAAGCUCCCCCAGCGUACAACAACAAAUGGCAGCCGGCAAUAACCCACCGAACGGUAGCAAUGGCCAAAUACCAAAUGGUCAUGCAGAGCGUUUGCUAGCCGACUUUUUCGAUGCCUUUCCAUCAUGGGAUAUGACCGCCGCUCGUGCUGCCGCUCCGCAAUCGAUGCAGCAUUUAAGUAAUGAAUUUUCGCCUCCAAUCACCGACUACACCUUUAAUAACUACUUUGGUGGUGUAGAACGGCCAUCAAGUGAUUUGGGUAACAUUGGGAUGCCCAGACCGCCUAUAACUCGGCCCAGAAAAUUCCCAUCUGAGUCGUCUAGCAAUUCGAGCAUGAAUUGCGGUUGGUGCGAAGUAAGUGCUUCCAUACGUUGUAUUGAUUGUAAUGAGUUUAUGUGCAAUAAUUGUCUGCAGGAACAUCGCAAGAGUCCUGUAUUCGCGAAUCAUGCAAUCGUGGCGUUGCCCACACCGAUCGGCACAGCCUCCUCACCCACCAGUGGAGUCUCUAGUGCCACAUUAACCGCUGCAGCACCAGUAGCGCCACCGGUAGCACCGCCACCAUCGCCCAGCUACGUUUGCGAUCAACACAAUGAGAUGUUGCGUUACGUUUGCGAUUCGUGCAAAAAGUUAGUCUGUCAAUGUUGUACGUUGCACGAACACAAAGAGCACAAUUACGCUUCCAUAGCUAGUUUCGUCGAUGAAGCUAACGACAAGAUACAAUCGGCCAUUGAAAGUAGCCGUACGGGCACCAAGUGCAUUAAGAGUAGUAUUGAUAAGGCAUUGACAUUUAUACGAAUGAUUGAGCGCAAUUGCAUCGAACUGAGUGACACUAUACGUAAAGCCUUUCGACAAUUCAUAAUUGCCAUCGAGGAUCGCGAACGUUUCCUCUUGGAUUUUGUUGAUAAAUUGCGUCAACGUCGCCUGGCCACGCUGCACGAUCAAAUGGCCGGCUUGAAAUCGGCACUUUCCGGACUUGCUGAAACUUCCGAUAUGUUGCAAAAAAUUAUCGAGAAUAGCGGACGCAUGGAUCACAUUGAGAUUGCGAUGAAGAUCGCAAACGGCGAGCGGCAACUCGAACAAUUCGCUGCCAUAUAUAAGGAUCUUCAGCCAAAACAGGAGAUGUUCGGUUUCAUUUCGCCGGACUAUAAUAUAUUGCAAGAUAUACGCAAUCAAGGAGGAGUUGUGUUGGUGGACGAACAAAAUAUGCCAAUAGUGAACGGUGGUGGCGUACUCGCCGCUGUAGGUGCCGAAAUGGGUGCCGUUAUGCCGAUAACCAAUAAUCCUAAUAUGCCAGUGGCCAACGUUGCGAUGCCACCGAAUAUGCGUCGCCCGUUCAUCCGUGAGAAUAGUUUCCAUAGCAUUCCAUCACCAUUGUUACCACCAGUACGUGGUGGCAGCGCAUGUGGUUUUCAGAGUACCGGUCUCGAAUGGGAGCUCAGCGUUUUGCGCACUUCGCCAAAUCUGCAUUUUGGUGCACCGCGCAGCACACAGGCCAUACCCGGUUCGCUUGAGCACGUAAAGGCACGUAAUUCCAAUACACUCUCGCUGUCUUUUGCCACCGAGGGUCAUGACGAUGGGCAGGUUAGUCGCCCGUGGGGCCUGUGCGUCGAUAAGAUGGGUCAUGUUUUGAUCUCAGAUAGACGUAAUAAUCGCGUGCAAGUUUUCAAUCCGGAUGGCAAUUUGAAGUUCAAAUUCGGUCGCAAAGGUGUUGGCAAUGGCGAAUUUGACUUGCCGGCUGGCAUUUGUGUCGACAUAGAUAAUCGUAUUAUUGUUGUCGACAAGGAUAAUCAUCGUGUACAGAUUUUCAAUGCGGCUGGCAUGUAUUUGUUGAAAUUCGGUAGCUAUGGCAAAGAGUAUGGACAGUUCCAAUAUCCGUGGGAUGUGGCUGUAAAUUCGCGUCGUCAAAUUGUUGUCACCGAUUCGCGUAAUCAUCGUAUACAACAAUUCGACUCGGAGGGCCGUUUCAUACGACAAAUCGUAUUCGAUAAUCACGGUCAGAAUAAAGGCAUUGCUUCACCGCGCGGUGUAUGUUAUACACCAACUGGCAAUAUUAUAGUAUCGGACUUUGACAAUCACUGUCUAUACCUGAUCGAUCCAGAUAUUAAUGAGAUUAUAUCUGCUAAAGGCCAUGAGGGUACUGGCAUUCAAGAAUUUAAUCGCCCUUCUGGUAUUUGCUGUGAUGACGACGGACGCAUUAUCGUUGCCGAUUCAAAGAAUCAACGUAUAAUCGUCUAUAGUCCUAGCUUGGAGUAUCUCUGGAGUAUUGAGAUACGUCCAUCGGUUAACCCAUUGAUGCCACAAACUCUCGACGAGAAGGAUCGCACAUGUGAUGUUGCACUAAUGCCCGAUGGCCGCAUUGUUUUCCUAAUCGAACUAUCGCCGGAUUCCAAAGAAGGCACAAAUCCUUAUAAAAGAUUUGUACACGUUUUUUAAUUAUAGUUGAAAACCGCAAAUUUUAUUUCAACAAUUGUAUGCAAUGCAUAUCGAUUAACAAUUGUCUGUAAGUUCAUAUGAAAUUUGAAUUAUUUUAUUUUGUUUUAUACACUCUGUUUUUUGUUUGGUUUUUAAUACUGUAUUUAACUGUAAUCAAGUGCAUAUGUUUGUGUGGUACUUUGGUUAUACCUUUUUAAAGAAGACUGACUGCCAAAGCGACUAAGACAUGAAAUUAUAAGCACGCCACUAAUACCAAUCUCGACAGUGUUUUAUGUGAAAAUUCACUUGAUUGUGUUCAUUAGAAUUUAAAAGUUACAAAAAUUA